CGGCAGCGGCGCUGCUCAGCCAGCCAGCAGGCAGCAUCGGCGCGGACGCGGACACGGAGCUCUCCGCUCUCUCAGCGCCUCUGCUCAGCCUCGCUCCGCCAGCCAUGAAACAGACGCUCCUGGACCUGAUGAGGAUGAGUCGGAUCUGCCGGAUGGCGCUGGCCACUUGUUUGGGAUCGUGCAUUCUGGUCAUCUUUUAUUUCCAAAGUAUGUUCCAGCCAGUAAUGAGGCAGAACCCAUUUGCAGCGGAGGGCUGCUGUCGGAAAGGCUCAAGAAACGCUCUACAAGAGCUCUACAACCCCACGCAGGCGGAGUUCUCCAGAGCUGCGCUCCUCCACCAGGCCCGCCGGGACCAGGUUGCAGAGACGUGUCGUGCCCACAGUGCCUCGAGCCGGAAACGGCGUGUGCUGACUCCCGGCGACCUGAAGCACCUGGUGGUUGAUGAGGAGCAUGAGCUGAUCUACUGCUACGUGCCCAAGGUGGCCUGCACCAACUGGAAACGGGUGAUGAUGGUGCUGAGCGGACGCGGCAAGUACACCGACCCCAUGGAGAUCCCAUCCAACGAGGCACACGUGCCCUCCAACCUCCGGACGCUCAACCAGUACAGCAUCGCCGACAUCAACCACCGGCUGAAGAGCUACCUCAAGUUCCUGUUCGUGCGUGAGCCCUUCGAGCGUCUGGUGUCAGCCUACCGAAACAAGUUCACCUUGCGCUACAACACGUCCUUCCACAAGCGCUACGGCACCAAGAUCGUGCGGCGCUACCGUAAGAACGCCACGGCCGAGGCUCUGCAGGGCGGCGCCGACGUCAAGUUCCCCGAGUUCGCCGAGUACCUGGUGGAUCCAGCAACAAGGCGUGAGGCGCCACUCAAUGAGCACUGGCAGACCGUCUACUCAUUGUGCCACCCUUGCCACAUCCACUACGACCUGGUAGGCAAGUAUGAGACACUGGAGGAGGAUGCCAGCUACGUGUUGCGGCUGGCCGGCGCAGGUGAACAGCUGCGCUUCCCAUCCUAUGCCAAGUCCACCCGCACCACUGAUCAGAUGACGGCUGCCUUCUUCCACAACAUUAGCGCCCGACAGCAGAGCCAGCUCUACGAGCUCUACAAGCUGGACUUCCUCAUGUUUAACUACUCUACCCCAAGCUACCUGAAAGUGCAGUAGGACGGUGAACCAUGGACAGUUUUUCAUGCAUACUUGUGCACGCAAACUCUGAAGAGCUGAGCUUAACUUAACCAGACGAUCGGUGGAAGCCGGGGAGCCCUUGAUCAACUGGCGUCGCAGGGGACAGACCAAAAACUUUGAACUUUUUGAAGACCACAGACCGUGGCAUCUGCUGUGUUGUGAUUGAAUGGAAGUCGUUCAGACAUGAGGGAGAUAACGUACUGUAUUUGCUCAUGAUGUCAUGUUGGAAGAAUCUGGUAUUCAGGCAUAAUGAGGCGAUGCCUGUGUCAAUACGUGCGUCCAUUGAAUUGUAAGAUAAAGAUCAUAUUACUGUUUAUAUCCUCAAGCAAUAUGACACAAUCCGAGCCACUGGCUCAUUUACUGUAAUAGCGUCAGUAAUGAUUUUUCCAGCCACCUACCCUCAUUUUUUCAUUUUCAGUGCUUCAUGUGUGAGAACACUUCAUGAGCGAAAAAGACUCUCAGUGUUGGAGUUCUCUUCUGUACCCAAAUACCAAGUACAGGACAAAGGUCAAUGGCUGUAAUCUUCCACACCCCAGUCAGUAUUGUUUCCCCCAAAUCUGCAGCCAUCCUCUGUCGAACGGCCAGCGUCAGUACAUGUGUAAUUACACGCAUAUGUAAAGGACGGCCUGUAUGUGCACACAGGAGGAUGUUAAAGUGGCGUUGAGUGGUGCCUUUGUGUAGUGGGCGUAUGCCAGUGUGAGAGACAGGCCUCGUACUCAGAGGAGGUCAGCGGUCAGCGAGGGUCCACUGACCUUUUGACUGAUCCCAGGGCACUUGCUCCUAUGAAUUCCCAGCCAUCUUUUAAAAUUAAGGGAUUUUUUUUUGUCGUUUUGUUUUCUCUGUGUUCUUAUUGUCUUAUGAAAAGUAGCUGCGAGCAGCUCAACAAAAGAUUAUUUAAAUAAUUACUUUGUGAAAAGGAAACGAGGAAGAUUUAAUAUUUUUUCCAGGAAAAAAAAACAAAAAACAAAACCAAGCUUAGUGGUAGAUUUGUAAAAUGGAAUUAUUAUGAUUUUUAAUGCUUUCGUCCUUCUUACGCGGUACGUUGUUGCCAGGCUCUUAUGUGGCGAGGGGCGUACAGAAGUGAGCAAGGCUUUGUUUUUCUGAGCUGUUCUCAUGGGAAAGGUUCACUCACUCACUCAGUCAAAGGGAUAAAAAGGGAAGGCAAGGAAGAGAGAGAGAGAGAGAGAGCUAGACAGAAUCUGUUUCAUCCAUUAGAUGAUUGCCGUAUUGUACACACUCUUUUUCCAAUUUAAGCCUUUCAAAGGAGUUGGGUGCUUUCGUCUGUCGAAUUGUCUUUUCCGUGCUCUUUGUUUGCGUUGACUGGGAAUUAGACGAGGCUGAAAAUGAUGAAAUUGCUUAUUUAUAUAUCUGACAGCCACAGACGGGGUGUGCCCAGCGUCUGCGUCUCUCUGUCUGCACAAAAAUCCUACGCUGGUAAAUUUGACUCAGCCUGACUGACUACAGCUCUCUCUGCUUCUCUAGAUGGCUGGACGGAUUAACGUGCCUGUUGGUUAGCUGCAUCAGAGCUCCUGAUCUUACAGGACACACUUACAAGCUCUCGAACUCACCGGUAGCCCCCCUAGCGAUGUGAAGAGCAAAACGUGGCUAUGAAAUUCAAACCACGUGUUCUCAACCUCUCUCGCUCUCUCUCGCUCUGCCUCUUCCAAAUUUCAUUUAAGAAAUGAAUGGAGCUGCUGCCAUGUGGGUUUUUCAGCAAAUCUCUGAAUGAAAACAUGACAUAAAUCUAGUCUGCCCUGCUUUGAACCUGCUAACUAGAGGAGCAAUAAGCAGAAGUGAGUGAUCGCCCUGUGUGUGGAAAACAAAGUCUGCCCAGUUGUGUUUAAAUGCUGUUUUGUUUUGAUUUGUUUUUUCUUGAUUUUCUCAUUGGUAACUCAGUUAAAGGGGAAUUCAGCUUUGUGCUUUAAUUAGGUGUAUAUCUGUCUCGGAGAUGUAAACAGAGUCAUUCAGAGUGGUUUGAUGUGAAAUGGUUCACUGUACAGAAACGAACCAACUCAGAUUUCUUUACACUAGUGGUGAUAGGAACCAGGGGUCAAUAGGCCUCCCAAUCGUUUUUAAGAAGAAACUCCUUCAUGAAACCCACUUUUUACAAAGAUUGAACCGCGGGGCUUAAAUUACCAGGCACUUGCUUUAGAGCACAUUGAGUUAGAAUCUCAAGUAGACUUCCUUAUGUGCUUUCUGGCUCUGUAUAACAGUGUUAGCUAUAAGAAUGGACACAAAUAUGUCACAUAGCGAGAAACAGCAGUCACAGUCAUUUUAAAGCCUGGCUUUGUUCAUUUUUGGACAACAAAUGCAUUGCAGUGUUGUGGUCAGUAGUAUAUAUAGAAUAUGGUAACACUUUACAGGACAAUGGGAUUCAUUCACCAACUGUUCUUACGAAAAAAAAACCUCUUGUUAAAACCCACUUUUACGCAGUUUUCACAAGGAUUCUGACCACUCACCAGUUUUUUCUUAUUUGGGAUUUGUUCUUAGGCAUGAAAAGAAUCUCAAACACUCUCGAGCACAAAGCUGUGAACAGUUCUGCGACUUUUUCUUAGGACUUUUCUCAAAAACACAUUUAAGACCAACCUUAAAAGGGGGGUAUGUUGGUGAAUGAGGCCCAAUGCCUACAACACAAACAACUUUUUUUUUUUUUUAUUGUUAGUGAACCUGCUCGUGUCUUCUGAGUUUUUAUAUGUAAUAUAGACAGUGGUCAAAUAGUCUUAAAUCCAAAAAGCUUUUCUUUCUUUGUUUUUAUUUUACUUUGCCUUACAACACCCUGCAUAUACCCCUCCACCCUGCAAGCAUAUUUUAGGCCAAAACAGAUCAUAAAGUAAUGUCUCAGGCAUCAAGCAGAGCAUUUGUAACUGUUUCAUCUAAUACCUUUCUGUGAUUUCUGGUUCCCAUCAGCACCGCUGUGAACAAUUCUGAGUCUGUAAGUUUCUGUAGAACAGAGCAUUUCACACCAACCAUUCUUAAUGACUUUGUUUACAUCUUAAAGAUUUAUUUAUACAGAAAUUUUUAAAAAUCGGUGGAGUUCCCCUUUAACAUUUGCUAGCACACACACCUACCCGCCCGGCAUUAUUCAGCCACAUGUAGGCACAUCAGACACAUAAUCAACACAUUAGGCUUAGUGCCUUUCAGCCUCUCAGUAACGCACUGUCCAUCUCUCAAACACACACAUGGCAGCUCACUCUCAUACACAAGAGUGCCUUCAUGUAAACAUACACUACAAACAUGUACUCAUAUUUUGGGGGAUUUGAAGCCCACGCGCAGUUUAACAGGAGAAAAGUGCUGAUCUGCAGUCAGUUCUUAUAUAAUGGCUGUGACUAUCUGGACACUGGGGGGCUGACUGUAGAUCAGCGCUCUUAAAGAAACUUGUAUUUUUUAACCUAACGGCUAUCUGCUGCACCUGUAUCUUACAGUCCACGACCACAGGCAGGAACUUUGAUGUGUUUCUUAUGUGCUCAAAACAGAAAACUGGUUGACUCAGAACACUUAUAAUAGAAGUCAAUGGGCAGUUGCUUUAGCACCUUCUUACUGGCUUCUGCUGUGGCUGUGUGAGUUUCAAAUCAGUGAGUUUUCUGUUCUUUUCUUAGCUCACGUCAACAUUAUUGUCCAUGACACACCCUUAAAAAAGUGCUUCUUCAAGGGUUCUUAGGAAAGACUAUGGAUAUAUAUAGAACCAUAGCAGAUCAGAGUCGUUUGAAUGCAUACGUCUUUUUUUUCUCUCUCUGUGAUGUACAGUACUGGGCAAAAGUCAGAGACCACCCUUCAUUUAUUAGAUUUUCUGUCAAAAGAGCCAUUAAGUUAAAGGAAGAUAAGUGGAAAAACAGGAGUUUCCAUUACUGGAGUUAUAAAAAAAAAACGUUUUAAUAAAAAAUGAUUUAAUAAGAGAAAGUGAGACUCACAACCGUGCAAGACCUGGAAGACCUUUAACACUG